GACAUAUGAACUUUAAACUAGGCAGCUUUUAGGGCCCAUGCGGCAGUCUUGGUCGUUGCGUGCAGCUCCUUACGAAGGUUAAGCGACCCAGCUAUCGUAUCUGGGCACCUUUUCAUUGCAACAUACUGCAUUACAUUUUGUUAAAGGGAUGAAAUAGCUUAGGGGAAUAGGGCAAAAUGAAGUCUAGCGGACUUUAGGCUGCUGCACACCGCAUUUUGGCCCAGUUGAAAGCAAGGUAGUAGGUUAUGGAAGUGUCAACCAUAUGGACUGAGCCUUCCGUAGAUAGCUCCCCAGGCGACUCAUUGCACCCUUCGCUGACCUCGCAAUCACGUCUGACCAGAAUUGGGCUAAGGAGCAGUUCUGCUGGCACUGCAACGAUAUCACAACAAUUAGCUAAAGUCUUGGCACAACAGCUGUUGCUGCCAUCAACGCCGGCCUGUCAACAAUUGCUGGUGAGCGCCUCACACGUGUCGGGUGCCGCCAACGAGGCAGAAUUGAUUCCCAGCUUUCAAAGCAAUGGCGUUCAUACGCCCUCCGGCGCGGGUGGUGCACUUCCGUCGUCCCGACAGUGUACAGCGCAACCUGGCUCCUGCACUGCUUUGCCUAUCGGAGGCUCCACUCGCCCGAUUGCUGUGACUGCAACGCCUGCCGGUGAUUCUCGGAGUCCCGCGGGACACCAGUCAGCGGGUGGGAUGCAGCCCGCGUCCGCUGGCCAGAGGGACCUGUGCUCGACACUGGAGGCGGAGCUCGUGGAAAUCGAACGCAGGUACAUUAGCACCAGAGGCGGUGAGGAUAGCACGGGAGGCAGCCGCUGCUUGGCUCCCGCAUCUACACCGGUAACCGGCAGCUCCGGCGGCGGCGGCACCAGCGGCCCAACCGCACUCCCAUCUGGGUUGCCCGCAACCUUCACGCCGCCAGCAGCAGCAACAGUGCCCGGUCAGUCAUCCCAACCCGGGACCCCGCGCCACCAGCCUCCUGCAGGCAGGCCGCAGCCGCCCCUAGCACACCUCCCAGAGGACAGCCCAUGGGCCCAGACGUCCCCAGCACUGGAGCCGCCGCACCAGUCAACUAGCGAGGCAGUGCCGCCUGUCCGCAGCAGCAGCCAGGGCAGUGCAGCCGGUGUCGAGGGGGGAGCGCGGAUGUCGACCAGCCAGGGCUCUGGCGGACGCUGCAGGUCGCCUGUCGGGUUGGCGGUGCCGGUGGCCGGCAUCUCCCUGCCAGCAGCUCUAGGACCGCUGCCACCGCUGGUGGCUUCCCCAGACUCGGCCAUGUGCUGUGAGGGGAGCACGUCAGUGCUCAACUCGGGCGCCGUGUGCGCCUCUGCGGGUGCUGCUGCUACUGGGCGGGCAGCUGCACCAGCCAUGGCCGCAUGGUCAGUGCUCCCACUGCCAAGCAACCCUGCCAAGGAGGCGCCUGGGCCCGUGUGCGGAGCGGGCGGCGGUAGCCCCGGCAGCGGCCUGCAGCAGUGCGAAGCAGCGUCGUUGCUGGAUCCCACCUGUGGCCCCUGCGACGCGGGUGCUAGUCCGGGAGGGCUGCCUACCGGUAUGUUUGGGAAUGGCGUGGUUCAGGACUGGGCGGCACCGAUAGGCGGCACAACCGCAGCGGCCAUGCAGUCGGCAUGUUGGCGCGCGGCCCUGCUGGCACUGCGUUCUCCGCCGUCAGCCCGCUCUCCGGCGUCUGCGGAGCAAAGCAGCCCAGGGGCGCGGGGAACGGGUGCCCAGGGGUCCCCAUUGCAGCGUGCGGAUAACCCCGAAGCCGCACUUUCUGCGCCUGCUAGGACACCGCUGGAGCAGCUAGGAGCCGCCGUCGCGCUCGUCAGCAGUGCGUUGGCUACGAAGUCGGCCAGUCCGGUGCGGCGGUUGGCGUCCGCUAGGUCACUGUUGCCGGCUUUCGCACUGCAGGCUGUGGAUGCCUCCAUGCACACCCCAUCCUCCUCCUCACCACCACCACCACAGCAAGAGCCGCAGCAUCCAGGGCCGCAACAGCUGCUGCGCGGAGCUUCAUGCAGCAUGCAGGAGGCAGUGGCGCAGGUCCUGGCGAGCCCUGGGGUUUCGCAGGGCGGCGCACCGCCACCGCCUCUCCACGAGCCAUCCAGCAUCAAGUUAUCGCCCUCACCCAGCAUGCUGGCAGCCGAGAUGACAACCUCGGAGCUGACAGUCUCCGACUCGCUCUCGCAGUUCGCUUCCUCGGGUGGGGCUGCUGAAGCCAGCUCGCUGCCUCCUCCCCCUGCCCCAUACCCACCUCCGCCUGCAUGUUACCCACGCGGCCAGGGCCUCGGUAUCAGCGCAGGCGGCAGCACCAGCAGCGGCGGUGGG